UUGAUUGUUAGUUUUGGGCCGAAAUUGAGAAAACCGAAUCAACAGACGUUUAAUCAAUGAUUCAUAAACGUCGUAGAGUCAAUCAAAAUUCUCGCCGGUUAAAUGUCAAAAACCUCCAUUAGUCCAUUGUCGCCGUCGUCGUUUGUAGUAUCUCCCAGGAAGUGCCAUCAAAAUUGACAAUGGAGGAAGCCGGUCCCAAACCCAAGAAGGCCGUCUCUUCUCUUUGCUGCUUAUGCAACAACAGGAAAGCUGCUCUCAAGAGGCCCAAAACCCUGCAACAGAUAUGUAGAGAAUGUUUCUAUGAGGUUUUUGAGGAAGAGAUCCAUCAAGUUAUUGUGAAGAAUCAGCUGUUCAGACCUGGGGAACGCAUUGCUGUUGGUGCAUCUGGUGGAAAAGAUUCUACCGUUCUUGCUUAUGUGUUAUCAGAAUUGAAUCAGCGGCACAAUUAUGGUUUAGAUCUUUUUCUCUUAUCAGUAGAUGAGGGCAUCACCGGAUACAGAGAUGACUCUCUUGAAACUGUGAAAAGAAAUGAAAUUCAGUACGGAUUGCCACUACAAAUUGUAUCAUACAAGGAUUUAUAUGGAUGGACAAUGGAUGAGAUAGUGAAGAUGAUUGGUUUAAAGAAUAAUUGUACCUUUUGUGGAGUUUUCCGUCGACAGGCUCUUGAUAGAGGUGCUGCAUUGUUGAAAGUAGACAAACUUGCCACGGGGCAUAAUGCAGAUGACAUGGCUGAAACAGUUUUAUUAAAUAUAUUACGAGGUGAUAUUGCAAGAUUGAGUAGAUGUACUGCAAUAAUAACAGGUGAAGAUGGACCAAUCCCAAGAUGCAAACCUUUCAAGUAUACAUAUGAAAAGGAGAUAGUAAUGUAUGCCUAUUUUAAGAAGCUGGACUACUUCUCCACCGAGUGCAUUUAUUCUCCAAAUGCAUAUCGUGGUUUUGCUCGCGAAUUUAUCAAAGAUUUGGAACGAAUCAGACCUAGGGCCAUCCUUGACAUAAUUAAAUCCGGUGAGGAUUUCAGGAUUUCCACUUCAACAAAAAUGCCUGAGCAAGGGAUGUGUGAACGAUGCGGCUACAUUUCAAGCCAGAAAUGGUGUAAAGCUUGUGUUCUGCUCGAGGGCCUAAACCGAGGUUUGCCAAAGUUGGGUAUUGGGCGCAGUCGAGGGCAUGAUAGCGAGGGGAAGAGGGAAACGAAUGGAAGUAGUAAUGGACAUAAAAGAAGCAUUGAGAGCAAACAGUGUGGAACUCUCGACUUCUGAAGCAUUUUUGUAUGAUGGCCAAGGAAUAAUCUUAACAAGAAUCAGCAUGCGCUAAGACAUUCUUCAUUGUUUGUGAUUGAAGAAACAAGGCAAAUGGAGAAAAAGGAAUAGUUCAGCAUUCAACAUAUCUGAUUCGACACCAGCAAUACAAACAAUGAAGUCCAUUGGGAAACUAUGGGCAUCCAUGUAGCAAUUUUAUUCCUCCCCCCCCCCAGAAAUCUCAUUGUAUAACAUAAAUUUAGGAUCUAUUUUUUAGAAGGUUAUACUUUUUGGUUUUUAAAGUUUAAUAUUAAAGUCGAUAUUUUAAAAGUCAGACGGAGUGCUAGGGCUGACAUUACAUUUUAACUUUAAUUUACAUAAAGUAAAAUGUUUUAGUUGUA